GUUUUCAUUUCCUCAUGGGAAGAAGAAGCAUAGCAGAGAAGAAAGGAACACUCAGGGUGCUGAACCUCUGCCACCAUGGGGAACUGGUUUGUGAAUGAGGGCCUCUCCAUCUUUGUCAUUCUGGUAUGGCUGGGGAUGAACGUCUUCCUCUUUGUCUGGUACUACCGGGUUUAUGAUAUUCCACCUCAGUUCUUUUAUACUCGAAAACUUCUUGGGUCAGCGCUGGCCCUGGCCAGGGCCCCUGCAGCCUGCCUGAAUUUCAACUGCAUGCUGAUUCUGCUGCCAGUCUGUCGAAAUCUGCUCUCCUUCCUCAGGGGUUCUAGUGCGUGCUGCUCAACAAGAAUUCGAAGACAACUGGAUAGGAACCUCACCUUUCAUAAAAUGGUGGCAUGGAUGAUUGCACUUCACACUGCAAUUCACACCAUUGCACACCUAUUUAACGUGGAGUGGUGUGUGAAUGCCCGAGUCAACAAUUCUGAUACUUAUUCAAUAGCACUCUCUAACAUUGGAGAUAAGCCUAAUGAAACUUACCUCAAUUUUGUUCGACAAAGAAUCAAGAAUCCUGAAGGAGGCCUGUACGUGGCUGUGACCCGGUUGGCAGGCAUCACUGGCGUCGUCAUCACACUGUGCCUCAUAUUAAUUAUCACCUCCUCCACCAAAACCAUCCGGAGGUCUUACUUUGAAGUGUUUUGGUACACACACCAUCUCUUCGUGAUCUUCUUCAUUGGUCUUGCCAUCCAUGGAGCUGAGCGAAUUGUACGUGGGCAGACUGCAGAGAGUUUGUUGAGACACAACAUCACACGAUGUUCUCAAAACAUCUCAGAAUGGGGAAAAAUAGAGGGUUGCCCAGUCCCGAAGUUCUCUGGGAACCCUCCUAUGACUUGGAAAUGGAUAGUGGGUCCCAUGUUUCUGUAUCUCUGUGAGAGGUUGGUACGGUUUUGGCGAUCUCAACAGAAGGUGGUCAUCACCAAGGUGGUCACUCACCCUUUCAAAACCAUCGAGCUGCAGAUGAAGAAAAAGGGAUUCAAGAUGGAGGUGGGCCAAUACAUUUUUGUCAAGUGCCCUGUGGUAUCCAAGCUGGAGUGGCACCCUUUCACCCUGACCUCUGCUCCUGAGGAAGACUUCUUUAGCAUCCAUAUCCGCAUCGUGGGGGACUGGACAGAGGGACUGUUCAAAGCUUGUGGCUGUGAUAAGCAGGAGUUUCAAGAUGCCUGGAAGCUACCAAAGAUAGCUGUUGAUGGGCCCUUCGGCACUGCCAGUGAAGAUGUGUUCAGUUACGAGGUGGUGAUGUUAGUGGGAGCAGGGAUUGGGGUCACGCCCUUUGCAUCCAUCCUCAAGUCGGUCUGGUACAAAUAUUGCAAUAAAGCCCCCAACCUAAGGCUCAAAAAGAUCUACUUCUACUGGCUGUGCCGGGACACACAUGCCUUUGAGUGGUUUGCAGACCUGCUGCAGCUGCUGGAGACCCAGAUGCAGGAGAAGGACAACGCCGGCUUCCUCAGCUACAACAUCUACCUCACUGGCUGGGAUGAGUCUCAGGCCAGUCACUUUGCUGUGCACCAUGACGAGGAGAAAGAUGUGAUCACAGGCCUGAAACAAAAGACCUUGUAUGGACGGCCCAACUGGGAUAAUGAGUUCAAGACCAUUGGGAGUCAACACCCCAAUACCAGAAUAGGAGUUUUCCUCUGCGGACCGGAAGCUUUGGCUGAAACCCUCAAUAAACAGUGCAUCUCCAACUCCGACUCUGGCCCCAGGGGAGUGCAUUUCAUUUUCAAUAAGGAAAAUUUCUAACUGGUCUCUUCCAUGAGGAAAUAAAUGCGGGUUUUACCACCAAAUGCCCGAAUAAUGCUAGUUGAUAAUAUAAGUUGCCCCCUUAAAAAAAAAAAAAAAGAGUAAAAGCAACUAUAAUGUGAUGAUUUUCCCUGAAAGGAAUGUCAAAGAUUGUUUAAUGGUGAUAAAUUUGCAUUUGUAUGGAGCCUUAUGGUUUUCAGAGCAAUUAUAUAAAUAUUUUUCAUUUUGUUUCCUCACAGUAAUGCCAGAGAAAGGUAGGGCAAGGAUUCUCAGACUCAGUUUUUAGGAUUAGAAAAUGGGGGCUCAAAAUGGUGAAGUAGCUUCCCUAAGAUUAAAGCUGAGACUAGGCCAUCUGACUCUAGGUUUGGUGAUCUUUCAGCAAUACCAGGCUGCCUGGAAAUAGUUUUGUAUAUUCCCCAAAAGAAGAAACAAACCGGUGAAUAAUUAUUCAUAUUCCCUUUUAUGUCACCUUUGUUAUCGUCAUUGUCCUAGCGAAGGAAAUUUUCCAAAUAGGAGGUAAUAUAUGCUGAGAGUGAUUCAUCACUUACUAGUGACAGCAUACUCCGGUUUACCGAUACAGCAGCCUAACUGGGUCAGAGAUUCCUCCUACAAAAGACUAUUAGACUGACUGGAAUUAAUGCAUGACCCACCAUUUACACUGGUGCUUGGCAGAGUGGAUACUCAAUGAAAGUUUGCUGGAUGAAUGAAUGAAUGAAAAGACAUUUAGAACCAUACAAUGCCAGGGUAGAAUUAAUUGAAAGCCUUAAACAGAAUUAUCUGAGGAAAUCACUUCUGAGACUUGUUGACCAAAGGAGCCUGAUUCUCUUGAAGGUAAAGAAUAGGCUGAGGUUAGUAGCCAAUAGGUUGUCCAAACACUCUUAUAUAAAGCAUGUAGGAAAGGGAGAUGGAGGCAGAGAACUGAACUCCUGUCAUAACUCUGGCUGGCCCCUUCAGUCCUGCUCUUUAUGCUAUGAAAGAAAUGCAAACUGAUUUAUUGCCUGAAAUGGUCUUCUCUAGCCAGCACUUGUGAAUUUGAAAUUAAGAAUUGUGACAAAUAUGUAUCUGAUAGGCCCAUCUGCUUUGAAUAGCACCAUCCUUUGUUUUACUUAAAUACACAAGCAAAAUAGAUCUUACUGGUGGAACUAACGAUGUAUUGUUCUAUCGUCCUGAUCAUGAUAAAAUUUACACCCCCAGAAACUAAAAUCCCUAGCUUACUGUGUAGAUAUUGAAUUCAUAUCCAAGAAAAUGUUCUGGAUAUCCGUGAGUUCGAGAGUCUCUAAAUCACUGUUAAUGUGGCCAGAAGAUUUUUAUUCCCCCUCAGAACUGCUCCUAGUUCUGGGAACUAAAAACAGCUUUACUUGUUAUAUCCUCUGGGGCCACAGAUAUUUAGAGGUAUUCAACUUCUAUAAUGAGGAAGAAAGAGAAGGGAGCACGGGGAAGGGCAGAAGACAGGGUUAGGAGGGAAGGGGAGGGAAGGGGGAAGAGAAUAGAAGGAAAGUGAGAGAAAACAAAAAAAAAGGCAAAAGGGAAGGGUAGGUGAAUGGGGAUCACUUUCUACCCCAGAUUUCUUAAAGUCUUGUAUGUAUUGAAUUUAAUUGCAGGAGCUAUACGCAUAUUCAUUUUAUUUUGAUUACGUAUGGUAUUGAAUCUGAAAUUCUGGCCACAAAUUUAAUGCUGAGUGGGCAUAUUCAGGGGACUGGGCUGAACUAGUAAGAACUCAGUUGUUCUUUUGGGUUCCCAGGAUGCCCAGGGCAUGGAGGGUCAGUCCUGACAAGUCAGUCUUCCUUUGCGAAUGUCGCCUCCCCGCAAUGUCCCAGGACUGUUUGUGCAUAGAGAAACUUAGGUCCAGCCUGUUCACACUGCACCCCAGAUAUCAGUUCAUUCAUUCAACAAAUUUUUAUUGUGCUAUUACUGUGACUCAGGCUCUGUGUUCAUAGUUUCAGUUCUUUACACUGAAGUGUGAGCCAGAGGGGGAACCAGAGUUAGAAGGAGUCUGAGAAUCUGGACCCUCGCUCAUCUGUGUGGCAUAAGUAAAACCAACUCCAACUGUUGCUCUAAAAAUGCUUUUCCAGGGUUUUCCAUUUUUGACACCAACAGAUUUACCAAAAUAGAGACAUUUGCCCUGUGUUAUCCUGGUUAUGAGAUGAAAAAUGAGUGUAAAAGCGCUUGUCAUUAUGAUAGCUUCCUUUUCCAUUCUCGUCCCCAGCCGCUGGACGCCUGCGCAGCUUUUUUAGCAUUUAGUAUUUAGUAACAGGUACUGAGAAAGCAAUUAAGCAUUGUUUUUAAUCUCAAAGCUAUGAAGGCUUUUUAUAUUUCUUUUGCU